ACAAUAUGGAGUCGAUUUCCACACUGAUUUGUUAUGAAUGCGGGAAGUUUUAUGAUACAGAAGACCAUCAACCUAUUCUAAUUGACUGCAGUCAUUCGAUAUGUCUCCUUUGUGUUACAGUAACCUCUGACUGUCCAAUUUGUAGUAGAGAGUUUUUGGAGCCACACGUUAAUGAUGACUUUCUUGAGCUUGUAAAAUAUGCAAAUUCUAUUCUACCAAAAGAUGAUAGUGAAUAUUCUAAAAGAGUUCAGACUAUCCAACAAUCCAUGUGCACCAAAUGCUCCGAUUCUGAAAAAGCGACUAGAAUAUGUGCUACAUGUGUUAAAGAAUUCGGUUUUGACCUGAAAAAACUGGAAACCUCAUCAAAAUGGGUAAUUCAAUCCUUUGCAAUUCCAGUGUCCUCCGGAGAUUUUUCGAUUUGUUCAAAUUGUGCAAUUGAUAAUCAUAGUGAUGAGAAUCAUGAAAUUCUUAGAGUUAGGGAUAUUGAGAAUUUGGAAGAUAUUAUAAAAAUGGAGAUUUAUGUGAAAUUUCAUGAAGACGAAGAAACUUUGGAAGAUUUUUACCGGAAAAUUAUUCUUCAAUAUCAAUUGUGGAAACGUGGAUUUGAUCUACUAGCUGAUGAGAAUAUUGUGGGGAAUAUGGAGCAAAUUCCAUCGGAGCAAUUGAAGAAAAGCUACGAAGAAUCUAAAAAACCACGACGCGACUUGAUUUCUAGAGUGAGAAAACUAAAAGCGGAAGAGCUGAAAAUUCAUCAAAACCAUCUGCAAAUGCAUAUUCAGGAGAACACAUACCCGGAGCUUAAUGAGAAAUUGCAAAAAAUCGAUAAUUCGUUUUCCGAAAUUUUAGGUCAACAGGAAGAGUACGGAGAAUUCGAUUACGAAAUAGCGGAAAAAAUGGAAAAUUUCGAGUCGGAGUUCAAGGAAAAGCAGCUAGUUGUUCUGGAAGUCGACGAUGAUUUUGAGAAAUUUUAUAAGCAUCAGGCGUUGCUCGAAGAGCUUCAAAGUCUGAAAACAGCAAUGGAUUCCGGAAUGCAAAAACUUGCUGUAAAAAUGCAGAAAUUCAAUAUUUAUCUGGAAAAUAUGCGGCGAAAUUUGGAAACUUGUGAAUUUGAAGAGUUCAAAAUUGUCAUUUACAUGGAUAUUAUUGAAGAAAACACGUUGAUCGAAAAAUCAAUAAUUGAGAUUAUUCAGUUCCACGAGCGGAUUGUUUUUUGUCAUUUGAUGCAUUUGAAAUACUUUCCUGUAACUUCUGAGUCUACAAUUGAAGAUGUGGUUUUUGAUCGAUUUAUCAAAGAUUUCAAAAAGGAUAUUGAAUGGGAUUUUUAGAACUGUUUUAUUUGCUUUCUCAAUGUAAAUUAACUGCUAUAUUUCGUAUGAACUUUUUUCAGU